CCUUGCCUUGUUUUAAGUGAUACUUGACGCAAAAGACUGAAUUUUGUGAGGGGAUCUGUCAGUUUGGUUACGUCAAGGCUUUUCACAACACAUACGUCGAUGCGAUUAGCGAAGAAAAAUUCAAUUUGUACCAUCCCAUCAAAAAACAAUUGAGCAUUGCCAACUUGCUACGGUGUCCAAAUUGAACAUCUGCGAGACUGCAAAUCGUUCUUUCACUCGACAGCUUCGAGCUCUGAGCAUUUUGCGCAAGGAAGGGAUAGAGAUGUCGGGGGACAAUUCAAACCACUUACCUGUCGCCCACACCAAUGCCUCUAACAGUUCAGACCUCGGAAUAUGCCACCUUCCUCCCACUUCAAAAAAUCUUGCACUUUCAUUGAUUCUUAUUGCUAUCUGCAUUGUAACAUUUUGUGGAAACUUGUUCGUUUGCGCCACUGUUUACAUCCAUUGUGCUCUUCGUUCCACAACAAAUUAUCUCAUUGUUUCUCUAGCUUUGGCCGAUCUGUUGGUGUCUCUUUUGUCGAUGCCAUUCAGAAUCCACUUUACACUACGUAAUAACAACUGGUGUCUUCGUUCUAAUGUUUGCGGUCUUUGGAUCUGGGUGGAUUUUGUUGCAUGUAGCUCAUCUAUAGGUAGUUUGGCCGCUGUGUCCAUCGACAGAUUCGUCGCUGUAAAAUUCCCUCUUCGCUACCGUGUUCUCCUCACAAAACAGACCAGCUUGAAGAUGAUAUGCUUCGUGUGGAUGUACUCGAUGAUAUUCGCUUCCCUUGGUAACUACAACUGGACAUUUCACGCAUUCGAGACUUUCACACAAUGCCAUAAAAAUGACCGUGUGUUCUACACCACGGUGGCGAGCUUGGCGUUCUUCUUGCCCCUUGGAAUCAUUAUUGGAACGUAUACUUAUCUCACUAAAGUCGCUGUACACCAGCGCCGGCGGACUUUAACCAAUACGGUCCGUCCGGAAGGUGAGAGGCCUUUUCGACGAGCCCGCAUUUUGCACGAGCUGAAAGCAGCGAAAAUGAUGGCUUGUGUAGUUUUAAUAUUCAUUGCUAGCUGGGCGCCUUUCUUUAUCUUGAUGCUCUCGGGUUUUUGGCACGACCGUCUAAACAUACCUUAUGCCGUCAGGGAUAUCUUUGUUCUUAUACUACCCAACCUUAACAGUGCUAUAAACCCUUUCAUGUACAUGGCGUUUACACGCGAAUUACGAGAGCAAGUGGCAAAGUUGGUUGAGAGAUUAUUCUGUCGAUCUUGCAAAUGUCAUGAGUCCAGAGUUCCGUAGGAAGAUCGCGAACGUGGACUCAGCCUGUGAUUUUCGGGCAUCUGAAACACACGUGAGGCGCAGUAUUCGAGCCAAAAUCAUCGCAAGCUGCACUGGAGAAAUUGUUUCAUUAUUCAUUCUAUAUAUCACGAGAAGAAGUGAAAAAGUAUAUCAACGAAGGAUGCAAAUGUUUUCUUCCAAACCUGUGAAUUCUGUACAUAUGAAAUGUUGUAUCUGAUUACGAUUUUGUUCUCAAAAAUCUCCAGUGUUAAUUGUAGAAAUACAAAGCCUACUGUGCAUUAUAAAGCUAUAUAACAUUUUCAUGUGACGAUAAAGAUUUCUCAGUUUGGUUAGCCCUCAAUACCCAACAGUAACAAGACGUUAAAAAUAACAAGAAAUGUAGAUCGGUCAACAGCUAUAAGGCUUAGGAGCAAUUCGUAGUGUACAGUAAGCAAGAACAGAUAAAAAUUUAACUCAAAAUACCCCGAAGUUCAAAUUAUAUCUAAAGUAAUAGUAGAGAAUAAUAAUUAUGUACAUUUUCUUGUUAAAAUAACUACAAGUAAUGACACUUUCUAGUUUUUUUUUAAUUUUACCUUUCAACAUCAGAUAGUCCCUUGAUUUUUCACCAGACAAAAAAGGCAAAUGAAUCUGUGCAGUUUGUUCAUGGAUUCACCCACGCUUAUUGUUAUCAUUUCAAUUUGCCACUCUCUCGUUCACUGUAAUCACAAUAGGAAAUAGUCAGAUUGGUAACUAAUAUUAAUUCACACUCACUUGUAGAAGUAAGUAAUUUAAUAAAGUUGGCAGAUGUCAUAUGCGUCAGUAAAGACAAGCUACUUAAAUGUAUUUCUUCUCUUGUUUUCAUUCUACAAAGAGAAAAAUCUCUUCAAAAGGCGAGACACAGCUCAGAAGCACUAUCCACAAACCUGAUCAUAAAUUUCUUGCAAGAUUACAGAAUAUCACACACCUCAACAUGUUUCGAAUGAGUUCGACAUCUAGAUUUUCCUUUUAUUUUUUCCCGGAUUAAAGGUAAUUAUUUGUAUCCGAAUGUCACGAUGAAAAUCUGCCGCGUGAUGUUUAAUAACUAACAUACGGAUUAAGUUUACUUUUAUUAAUUUCCUGCCAAGGUGACUCCACUUUACAUAUUACUGGCGACAACUGCCGGGAAUUAGUUUGCAUUCACACGGUCCCUACGAGUUCAUGGCUUCGAGUAGCGCCGUUCCCCAGCAGAUUCCAUCGCGCGAGCCGAUAAAAAACAUAAAAAGUAUAUCCCAGUGGCACCUUAAGUAUUUGAGAGGCGCGGCACGCAUAGUUUGCGCGACUGACUUGCGCGUCGGACUUGCAUGGAACUGCUUUUGGAACAACAGAACUUGCGUUUAAAAUGACAGUAUUGUAUUCGAAAUAAGUUACCUUUUUUUCUACAAAGGUAUGUGAUCUGUUGAAAAUAAAUACUGUUUAAUUUUUUAAUUUUGGUAAUCUUCGAGAAAACGUAUAUACUAAAAUCAUUAUUUCUCGUUUAUAAUAAAAAUCAUUACAAUAUAAGAGACACCUGCACAUGAGCCGUCAUCAUUUCAUCAAAACUAU